GCAGGCUGCUGUCGUGGGGGUUCGCUGCUGUCAUGUCCAGUUUCGAAGACGCUGACACAGAAGAGACAGUGACUUGUCUCCGGGUCACUGUUUACCAUCCUGGCCAGAUAAAAAGUGGAAUAUUCCAAUCAAUAAGGUUUUGUAACCGAGAGAAACACCCCUCCAGCGAAGUGGUGAAAUUUGGCCGAAAUUCCAACAUCUGUCAUUAUACUUUUCAGGACAAACAGGUUUCCAGAGUUCAGUUUUCUCUACAGCUGUUUAAAAAGUUCAAUAGCUCAGUUCUCUCUUUUGAAAUUAAAAAUAUGAGUAAGAAGACCAAUCUGAUGGUGGACAACAGGGAUCUGGGCUACCUAAAUAAAAUGGACCUGCCCUACAAGUGCAUGGUCAGGUUUGGCGAGUAUCAGUUUCUGGUAGAGAAGGAAGAUGGAGAGUCACUGGAGUUUUUUGAGGCUCUAUUUAUUAUGUCUCCAAGACCACUGGUGCAGGAAAACUGGCCGGCACACAGGCCCCUCCCUGAGUACUCCAGUACUAUUCCACCCUAUUCCACCCAAACCACUUCUCCCACAGAAAUGGAUGAAAAUGAAUAGUUAGCACAGAGGGCAAGAGAACCGCGAAGAAGGGAGCUCUGCAGACAUUCCGCAGGCAGUGCACCGGUUGUUUGUAGUGUAGGAUGUUACUGUCGUCUGUUAAUGCUGUCGAAGUUGGGACCUAGUGCUAUCAUUCUGAAGUCUGUAAAUUGUGUUAGGCAUCGACUUGGUCACCUGUUGCAUUCCUGGAUGUGUUGAGAAUAAUUUUAAGUUGUACAUCUGAUGAGGGUUAAUAUACACAACAUAUUCUUGGAGUAUUGUCAAAUAAGGUUAUAGUAUUUUCUUUUUACACUUAUUUCGGUCCUGUUUUGUAACAACCAUCUUUUGGUCAUAUUAUUUCACAGCAGCCAUUUGUUUUCAAGGUGAAGGCUGUGGGCAAGUUGUUACUGGUUCCUUUAGUACCAGAGCCCUGGAAAAGAGCAUGUGUGUUUUGUAGUAGUGUCUGAGCAUCAUUGUGGUUUUAAUAUGGGAGCCUAUUGGAGCAAUAAUACCUUGAUUUUUCUAUCUAUGGAAUUAUAGUGUUUAUUCCCAAGAAUAAAGUUCUUGUCUAUAUUCAGUGUCCAAAAACAGUAUUUUAAACAUUUUAAUGAACCACUGUGUUAAUUGCAGAAUUAUUUUUCAGUUUUCUUACCAAAUUUAAAACUGAUUAUGUACUAUAAAUUUUUAAAUUCCAUGAAUUCAAAAUAUUAAAAGCAUCCAUGCACAUAAUAAAAUCUAAGUUUAAUUCUCUAACCAUUUUCCUUGAAACUCUUUCUGAGGAAAGGGCCAGUGCGGCCAAGACCAUAGCCAUGUAUUCAAACACCCCUGGCUCUGCCCCGUGCUGGCCGGUACCAUCCCCCACUCGCUCCUCACUCCGCAUGCUUACACAGGGCCACCAGGAUUGAUCAGCU